AUGAGGGCGGCAGUGCGGGGGGCGCCGCGGGCGCACGGGGCCGCGGUUCCCGCGUGCAGGUCGCGGAGAACCGCGUCGCUGCGCGCCCGUCGAGUCGCUAGGGUGGCGAGGGCUGGUGCGCAGGCGGGGCGUGAAGGCGACGCGGGCGCGGGUGAGAGCGGCUGGGAGGACUGGGGCGAGGCGCCGAAGGAGAAGCGGGAGCGCAAACGUGGCGCUCGCGAUGCCGACGACGACCUCCCGGCGUUCCUCAAGGAUUCGGAGUCCCUCGGCGCCGACAUGCCCAGCAUGGCCAACUUUGCGUCCGACAUGUACCCCGCCGGCUACUACACCGACCAGGACGCCGGCCACGGUGCGGACGAGUCGGCCUCCGCCUGGAGCCCCACGCAGUUCGCUGACGACGACGACCCGUGGGGCGAGGGCGACCCCGCGACGCCCGGCGUCAUCCGCGCCGGCACCGAGGAAGCCGCGGCGGGCUCCGACGACUGGUCCUGGCUCGGCGGCGACGCGGGCGACGCCAACGCCGCGUGGGCGGGCGAGGGCGACGCGGUCCCUAUGCAGGACGACGCGGUCCCUAUGCAGGACGACGCGGUCCCUAUGCAGGACGACGCGGGCCUGCCGGAGUGGGACGAGGCGAUCGCGGACGAGGUGUUCGGCGCGGGCGCGUGGGGCCCCGUCGCCGGCGGCGAGCCUAACCCCAACGAUGACCAGGACAGGGGGGACUGGUUCGAGGACGCGCUGGACAUGUUCAGCCGCGACGACGUGGAGAACCUGCACCCGGUAGCGGCGGUGCGGGAGGUGCUCCGCGCCACGUGGGAGGACUCGCUAGCCACCGCCAGGCGCGUGCUGGAGGUGCACGGGGACGACGUGACCCUGGACGAUCGCGUCAUCAUCGUCGAGCACCUCACCGCGACGUUCCGCCACGAGUCCGGCCCCCCCCGCCGCGAGCCCCGCCACUCCGCGGGCGACCUCAUCAGCACCUGCUCGCAGCUCGUCCUCGACGCGGUGGCCGACUCCGAGGUAGAGCUGCCGCACCUCCACCGCCUCCUCACCGCCGCGGACGACUUCCGCCACCCGACGGAGAAGUCCCCCGCCCGCGCGCGCCUCUCCGCGGCCGCCGAGGCGGCUCUGUUGUCGGCGGCGGAGGCAAAGAUGGUCGCGCAGUGCGCCAGCGACGGCGCGGAGGGCGCCGCCGCGUGCACCGGGCCGCUCGCGAGGAUCGCGUCGCUCGUGGCGGACGGCGCGCGCGCGAGCCCGGGCAUCGCGGACGUGCUGACAGCCGCAACGGAACACGCGGCCGCGCUCCCGCAGGCCGACGCUCUGCGGCUCUUCGCGGUCCUGCCGUCCUUCGCCGGCUCGCACGGCUCCGCGACGUUCGACGCAGCGACCGCGGCCGCCGACGCGCUCGGCGCGACCCUCACGUUCGCCGACGCGACCCCGCGGGCGGCGGCCGACGCGCUGCAAGCGUACGAGCACUUCGGCAUGCCUCCGCCCCGGGCGGCGCUGGGGACGCUCGAGGCGCUCGUGCGCGACCUCACCGCCAACAAGACCGUCGCGACGGGCGCCACGUCCCUCCUCCUCAACCGCAUUGUUGUUUUGGACCUUGCGGAGGAGUUUGAGGACGCGUCGCUGGUGGAGGCGGCGCUGAAGCACUGCGUGCGCGCAGCGUACACGCUGCCGACGUCGGGGCUGAUCGACCUGCUCGACGCGGCCGUGCUGGUCGAGGCGGAGGAGGACGUGCAGGUGGAGGUUGCGCGGGAGCUGUGCGCGGCGCUGACGACGCCGCGGACGACCGCGCUCGCCGAGGUGAACCGCGCGCUCGCGGCGCUGCUCGACAGCGACGUCAGCCUCUCGACGGACGACAGGACGCAGAUCAUGCGCGCGAUGGCCUACCACGCGCAGCGCGCGUCGCUCGGGCACGCCUGCGACGCGCUGGAGGCACUGGCGUCCACGCAGUGGGAGGAGACGCACUGGAGCUUGGUCGAGGCGCUCGUCGUGCGCGUCCUCGACAGCUCGCGCGGCCACAGCGGCCUCGCGCCCGCGGACUCGCACGUCCUGCGCGCCAUCGUCGCCCUCCCGCAGACGCCGUUCGGGCCUCCGCCGCUCACCCUGGACGCGCUGGUGGACGCCGCGUGCGACGCGCUGCCGGACGCCACCACGAAGGAGGUCCUCCAGCUCCUCGACGCGCUCGCGCAGCUGCGCGCGUACCGCCUCGAGGGCCCCACGCUCAACCGGCUGGCGCACGCAUGCCUGUUGAACCGAAGCGGGAUGGACCCGGAACAGGCCGUGGACGUGCUGGAUCUGCUCGCACGCGCCGGCGUGAAGCUCAGGGGCGACGCGGCGGCCAGCGUCGAGGCGCUGUUCGACUCGGUGGUCGCCGAGCGGAAGGAGCUGCCGCCGCAGGACGUCGCGGUCGCGCUGUACGCGUCCGCCGCGCUGGGGAUCCGGGAGAAGCCCGAGCGGACCGCGGCGAUGCUCGACGUCGUCGUCGCGGCCGCGCGGAUGGGCCGUGUGGAGUACAGCAGCGCUGCGACGUGCCUGCGCGCGAUCGCGAAGCUCAAGCACGCCGCAGCGCCGCGCACCCUCGACGGCCUGCUCUCGUUCCUCGGCGCCGAGGUCCCGCACAUGACGCCCGAGGGCACCGCGACGUGCCUGUUCGCGCUGGGCGUCGCGGCGCCGGCCCUCGGGCCGCAGCUGCUGACGCGCCUGGUGAAGCGCUUCGCGUCGCAGCGGAAGCAGAUGGACGCGAAGGAGCUCUCGAACGCGCUGUGGGCGCUCGGGCGGCUGAACGCGCCCACGGAGAUGGACAGCCUGGACGACAUUCUCGACGAGGUGGACCUGCGCGUGGACGCGGGCAGCAUGAACUGCCGCGACCUGUCCGACUGCGCGAGCGCGAUCGCCGCGCUGUCGCGCCGGCGGCCGCUGCGCCGCGGACUCUUCCGGAAGCUGCUCUCGAAGCUGGCGCGCGCCCUGGAGGACGGCGACCGCGUCAACGGCGGCGAGCUCAUCCGCGCGAUGACCGCCGCGCUCCUCCUCGAGCACGAGCUCCAGGGCCGCGGGCGCCCGCGUUUCUGGCCCAUCGCAUUCGAGGCGUGCUCCGUCGUCCGCCUCUCCGCGCGCGACAUGGCACAGCUCCACGUCAUCGCGGAGGCGCUCGCGGACAAGGAGCAGUACCACCUCCUGGACCACCUCGCCGCGAACGUGCAGGCGUCCGCGCGGCGCGCGUACAAGAGCCCCGCCGGCGAGAAGCUGCGCGAGAUGAGCGACCAGCUCCUCGGGAGCCGCGACGAAGACCGGUGA